GAGAGAGAGCCAAUGAAGAAGGAAGAAGAAACAACAGAAAACCACCACUAAGUUAAAUCGACAAUGGAUCUUUUACCAUCGUUGUUUUCCUCUCUUCUCUUAUUCUUCUCCUUCUCUCUCUUCUCCUUCCUCAUCAGCUCUGCAGCAGCUUUCAACUUCUCAACUAUCACCUUCGACCAGGGCUACACCCCUCUUUUCAGCGACUUCAACAUCCUCCGCUCCCACGACGACAAAUCCGUCUCUCUCAUCCUUAAUCGCCUCUCAGGCUCCGGCUUCAUCUCCUCCUAUUACUACAACUACGGUCUCUUCAGCGCCAAUAUCAAGUUGCCGGCGAACUAUUCCGCCGGCAUCGUCGUUGCAUUUUACACAUCAAACGGUGACGUGUUUGAGAAGAAUCAUGACGAAUUGGACUUCGAGUUCUUAGGAAACAUCCACAACAGGCCAUGGAGGUUCCAGACGAACUUGUAUGGGAAUGGAAGCACGGAUCGUGGGAGGGAGGAGAGAUACAUUUUGUGGUUUGAUCCGACCAAGGAAUUCCAUCGCUACACCAUUCUUUGGACCUCCAAAAGCAUCAUAUUCUACGUGGAUGAAGUCCCGAUUAGGGAGGUGGUGCGGAGCGAAGCCAUGGGCGGCGACUACCCAUCAAAGCCAAUGUCACUCUACGCCACCAUAUGGGACGCCUCCAACUGGGCCACCAACGGCGGCAAGUAUAAAGUCCAGUACAAAUAUGAGCCCUUCGUCUCCGACUUCUCCGACCUCGUCCUCCAGGGCUGCCCCGUCGACCCCAUUCAGCAAGUCCCGGCCAGCCUCUGCGACGACCCCACCGCCGACCUCGAGUCCGCGGACUUCGCCACCAUCUCGCCCGAGCGCCGCAAGGCCAUGACCUGGUUCCGCGAGAGGUACAUGUACUACUCCUACUGUUAUGACACCGUCAGGUACCCGGUGCCGCCGCCGGAGUGCGUGAUCGUUCCAUCGGAGCAGCACCUCUUCUUGGAGACUGGGAAGCUGAAGCAAGCCCUGAAAAUGAAGUUCGGUCGCCACCCUAACCGCCGGCGCGGCUCACGGCCGCGGCGGAGCAAGGCGAAGCUAGCUUCGGUUGCCACCAGGGCCGCAAGUACGAUGUGAUAAUUAGUGCUCAUGUGGACGGCGUGAAACUUGAUUUGAGGCAUUAGUGGUGGUGGUGGUGGUGGUUCUUAGAUUGAUAGUAGUUGUCAUUUUGUGCAGUGCAUUUUAUUGUUCUGAUUACUUUUCUUCAGUUUCUUGGGAUGUGACAAAAGCACAAAAUCUUGGAUUGCUGACUUUAGUUGGAAGUACAAAAUGAUAUUUUGAUAGAAUUAAUGUUGUAUAGAAAUCAU